CUCGCCGCAGCAGGGCAUUCGUGGCGUCGUAUCCACUAAAGCAAGGAUACUUCGACUAGGAAUGCCUGUCAGUUUGUGGGAUGAAUCCGAUUCAGAGGACGAAUUACUGCCUGGCUGGCAACAACUGGUCGGGCCAGAGGGUCGAGUAUUAUUCUACAACUCCCGAACCGGCCUGUCGAGUCUGCUUCAUCCAGUCUCUAGACGACAGAAACGGGUCACGAAUACAUUACCACCAGGAUGGAACAACUCGACGGAUCAGGCUGGUCGACCCAUUUUUACACACGAAACUACUGGUCGAGUGAGUUAUGUUGACCCUCGCCUACUGUCAACGGUUACUGAAGGUUCACGCACCACUUCGAGGUUUGACCAGUUUUCUACUGUUGACGACGUCCUUCGUAACAAGGAUCUUCGUGGAAGGGUGAUUUUGGUCACCGGGGCUGGCUGUGGAAUGGGCAGAAUGAUUGCCACCAAUCUGACGUCUCAUGGGGCAGCUGUAGUCUGCGCUUGUGCUCGGUGCCCCCCCGACGCGCGUCCUUUGAUUCCACCUGAUCCAUGUCUGAUGAGUCCUCACUCUGGAGGUCUUUUCUGGAUUCCUUGUGAUCUGAAUAAUCUUUCCACUGUCAGUCAGUUUUGCCAGAUUUAUUCACAAACCGGUUGGCCCAUCAAUGUCUGCAUAUUCGCUUCUGAUCACUUUCCUUCUCCCAAGCUUCCCAGCUCAUGGACAGGGCUACCAUUUAUUUUACCCAAGCUGUUGAAGGUGUGGCACAAGCUCGCUUGGAGGAAGCCUGUCACCUCAAUCCAACAAACUCUGCAUAAGGUUUUUCGCCGAUUCUUUCCAAUAAAUUCCUGUGAAUGCAAUCCACACGGAGACUCUUCCGGUCUCACUUCUGAUGGUUUCGAAGUAACCAUACAACGAAAUUACUUGGCACAAAUGUUGCUACUUCAUUCCAUGGUCACUGUUAUUGAGCGAACAAACAAAACUGUUUGCAAACCGGUAGAUCGCUUCAGAGUUGUCUUCCUUUCCGGUCGGUCCUAUCAAAGCAUCAGCGAAGAAUGGCUGUCGGAUCAUAUUGACCACCUACUUGGUUUCCGUCAUGUACCGUCUGGAUUAUCCAACCGAUUACAUCACUAUUCUGGAAUACAUUUGUUACAGUUAAUGUUCCUCGCAGAAUUCCAAAAGCGCCUUGGAACAGCUUAUGUGAACGGUUCCACCGGAGCCUUCCCUUCAACAGUUCUCGCUUGUGAUGCUGGAACUAUUCUUUCAGUUCACUGCGCUGGAUCUUGGUGGAAGUCGGUACGGUAUGCACUACUCGACCAGGUCCUACUGUGGCUGCGUUUCGUUCGAAUCAUGUUCAGUUGGUUCACCCAGUCCUCUGCGCAAUUGCUCGCUACCCCGUGCUUCUGUGCAACAGAUGAUGGGAUUGUCAGCUGGAGGAAUGUCAAAGUUGCCGGACAAAAUUUUCCCGUAGUGGACUUAUUUCUUGUUGUUCCUCUCCUAGACAAAAUGGACCCAAAUCUUUUGAAAGAACGAGAGGCCUUUCUUAAGCGUGCACGAGCUCUACCGGUUGUUGAGAAACCACGGAUGGCGCCACAAUCCGUCGAAGCCUCCCCUAGCCCUUUGCGUCGUACUGCCAGCUCAUCUGCGUCGGACAUGAGGUCUCUGGAUUUGCGACCGCAGCUCCAGGGCAGAUUUGCCGUACUCUCUAAAAUUGUCAAAUAUAUGAAGCAGCGUCAUUUGGAACGGGAUACACACCCCCUCAGCGUAGAAGAAAUACUUGAAGAGACAAUGCUUCAUGACACCCCACAGUCUACUAUCCGAUGGCUAGAAGAUGAGGCCUUACCAAAUAAUCCGAAAAUCCGAGUCACACCAGAUCGUAAAUUUGUAUUCCGACCACGUUACGACAUUCGAACACGACAGGACUUGUACCAGCUUCUCAAACGCCAUGAAUUGAAAGGACUCGGAGGCGUCUACCUAGAUGACAUUGCAGAAUGCAUCCCAGAUGCCGAGAAAGUCGUCAAUGGAUUUGGUGAUCACGUUAUUCGAAUUGUGACACCGCACGACAAGAAGACUAUCCUUUUCUACAACGACAAAACGUUUGACCUGAAUAUUGAUGAAGUUUUCAAACAGCAAUGGCGCGCUGUCAGUGUGGAAGGCAUUCAUGAAAGUAAAAUAGAAGAGUAUCUCAAACGGAAUGGAAUAUCAUCAAUGUCAGGAGAUAGGAAGACGUUCAUUCCAACACAACGCAAGAAGCCCGGUCAACGGCGGAUUGUUCAGAGACCGGUGAAAUUAAAGGAUAACGAACAUGUUGAAGAUAUUAUUGAAGAUUUCUCAGACAAACUUAAUAAGAAGUGAUCUCAUUCGCUUUGUACAUAGGAACCUUGUGACUUUUCUUAUCUAUCCAACCCAAUGUCUGUGUUAUUUCCCUCUGCCCACUGAACCGAAAGUUAAGGUUGAUUAUGUUUGAUUUUGUGCUGAUGCUUUUGGGAGGAGCGGUUGGUCUGGCCCGAUCACGGUGGGCCUCAUACCAAUUCUCGCGAUGACCUUUUCAAACUCAUUGACACACGAGUUGUCGUGGUUUGGACUGUAGUUUGACGGGCAUAAAAUAUUCACACAGUAUAACGGAAGUCGAUCUUUAAUGUCUUGAAAUGUACGAACCGCCUUAUUGUUUGUCAAAUGUAGUAUCAUGAACAAUCCAUUAAACAGAUUAUGA